UGUAGUUAUAAAGGUGAAUAUGCCUUCCCCAAUUCUUGAAGCUGUAGAAAAUGACGAUAUUGAAAGUUUCACAAACAGAGUAGUAGAAUUUGAUCAACUUACAAAACUAGAUAAUUGGAAAACUACUAUUCUGCUACGAAUUAAAAAAGGCAUUCAAGAAGGUGGAUCCUUAACGUAG